AUGUCUAUUAUAAAAAUUAUUUUGUUCAAUAGAAGUUUUACAAAAAUAUCUUCUGUUAUGCGAAUGCAGUUACGUAAUUUGUCUCAAGAAAAUUUUACGUCCGGUGUAACAAAAUUAAAGACACCUAUAAACAUAUAUUAUAACCAUUACACCAAUUUGGAUUUACCAAAAAACAAAGUGUUUGCAACAUAUGUAUGGAUAGAUGGUACUGGAAUUAAUUUGCGUUCAAAAGAUCGAAUAAUCAAUGAAAUACCGUGCGACCUACAAAUGGUUCCUAAAUGGUCAUUCGAUGGAAGUUCUACAGGUCAAGCUAAAACUAAGGACUCUGAUACCAUAUUAGUACCUUGUAGUAUAUAUCGAGAUCCAUUCCGCAAGAGCCCACAUGUAAUAGUGCUUUGUGAAACAUUCAACGGCGAUGGGACGCCAACUGUGACAAACCACAGAGCACAUUGUGCAAAUGUAUUAAGUAAAAUUUCAGACCAAGAACCUUGUUUCGGAAUUGAACAAGAAUAUACUAUGUUUGAUACAGAUCUAUGGCCAUUAGGAUGGCCAAAAUGUCGAGGCUUUCCUGUAACUACGUCGAAAUUAUCAUAUUGUGGCAGCGGGGAACAUGUUGCAGGAAGAGAGAUUGUAGAAUGUCAUGCAAAUGCUUGUGUUUACUCCGGCAUGGAUUAUGAAGGAUGUAAUGCGGAAGUCAUGAAAGCAUCAUGGGAAUAUCAAGUGGGUACAACAAUGGGUAUCAAAGCUGCAGAUGAUUUAUGGAUAGGACGUUAUUUAUUAGUUAGAAUAGCUGAAAACUUUGGUACAAUUAUCAGCUACCAUCCUAAGCCAAUGGGCAAAGAUCAACCGGGAAUAGGCUGUCACCACAACUUCAGCAUUAAAAAAAUGAGAGAGGAAGGAGGCAUAGCUGAAAUAGAAAGAGUUUGUAAAAUUUUAUGCGAUAAUCAUAAUACAUAUAUAAAGGCUUACGGUCUUGGAGAUGGAGAAGAAAACAAGAAAAGAUUAACCGGAAAACAUGAAACGGCACCGUUCGAUAAGUGUAGAUGGGCAGUAGCAGAUAGGGGUGCCUCGAUUAGAAUCCAAAAGAGUGUUAAGGCGAAAGGUAAAGGUUUUCUAGAAGACAGAAGACCAGCUGGUGAUUGUGAUCCUUAUAGAGUUUGUGCCCUAUUAGCUGAAACUUGUCUUUAAUUUUUAUUAGAAUUUUUUCAAUCAAAGCGGUUGUUUAUUAAUAUACUGGCUGAUAUUAUU